AUGAAGGCCGCCGUCAUCCUUUCCCUCGCUAGCCUUGCCUUCGGCUCGGUCCUCGAGCAGCGUGCCUGCGCUGGCAACAACUGCAACCGUCAGGUCACCGGUACCCGCGCCGGCCUCCUGCCCCUCACCGCGCGCCAGGCCGACUGCUCCAGCUUCCAGCUGACCGUCGUCACCCCCUCGCCCACCACCGUCACCGUCACCGUCACCGAGGAGCCCGCCGCCAAGCUCAAGCGCAACGUCGUUGAGGCCCGCCAGGCCACCUCCGUCCCCACCAACGUCCCUGCCUACGCCUCGUCUUGCGACGCCGUCAAGUACGCCUCUGCUUGCGACUGCUGGGGUAUCACCGCCGCCGUCUCCACCGCCCCUACCCCUACCGUCACCGUCACCACCACCGUCGACUACUGCGAGGACCUGUAA